AUGUCAUAUUCCAACACACAUCCAUCCCUUGCUGCUGGCUCUGUCACCGGCUCUGCUACCGAGACAAUGGUGCAUAACGUUGACUCGGAUCAACGCCGAGACUCCACAGACUCUAUGACCCACCAUCUCUAUUUCGAAGACGAUGGUUUCUUUCCUCCCAGUUGGAUUGGAAAAGACAUACAACAAAUGCUGCCAGAAGGCUCAGGCAGCCAUGAAUCCAAACACACUAGCAACACUAGUGCCCAUGAAUACGAGAAGACAUAG